AUGGAGAAUAACAAAAACAUUUUCUUCGAUCAAAUUGACGAAAUUAUUUUAUCCUCUCUUACGCAUCGCUUAGCCAGUCUAGCGGACCCUGAUACUAGUCAACAAAUCAUAUGCGCGGUGAAGAACGGCGAAGAAUUACAGCAUAACUUACUUUGCCAAAUUCAAAGCUUAGCGGAAAAUAAUGACGAUGUCGAAGGCUCAAUCUACGCCAAACACAUCCUAUGCGCACAUGCUACUUGGCACAGCAGUUUUGUAGAACCGACGUACUUUGCGGAUCUGAGCGAACUACUGAAGUCAGCAGAUUCUACGAUGCGUCAAUGCAUUCUGUGGGCAUUUGCAUCGACAAUACCAUGCACUACCAUUCUCAUACCAAAGAUAAUUGAGUGUCUAUAUGAAUAUUUACACGAUUCUGCGUUGCAAUGGGUUGUACUGUUUAUAUUUCGGAAACUGUCAGAAAAUGACGAGUAUGUUAAAUUAGCUCCCGACGAUCGAUGGGUGUCGAUAAUAAGUUUAUCGAACGAUUUGGAAUUAAAAGAGCAAGCCCGUAUAACAGUCAUUCAUACAAUGCUCAAUAUUUAUCGGAAAAGAAAACAAUUAGCAGAUCAUAUCAAGCUCGAACUGGAGAAAUUAAUUAUAAGCGAUAGUACAGCGAAGAAACUUCUUGUUGUUGCCAUCAAAACUCUCUACAAAAUUGUCGUAAAUGGAGCACGUGUGAGUUCGAGUACAUCAGACAGGUUAUAUGAAUUGGCAGCCAACAGUGAUAAUUCGAUAACUGAAUGCGUUCAAGAACUUCUCGAAUUUCUCGACGAUGAGCGAAAUGUAUCGAAGGUAGUACUGCAUAGUUUAAGCUCGGACGUAAAAAGAGAACUUGUUGUUACUCGAAACACAUUAAUCGCGCGUUCACAAGAAAAUGUUAUUGCGCCUCUUACUGAUUCAGUAAAUUUUGAUCAUUUACUCGAUACAGUUGUUGAUUUUGAUUCCACGAGCCAUAUUGAAAUUCAACCAACACGUGUUGAAACAGGUGAUAAUCAAGCUUGGCAUCGUCGGACUGUAAGCGAAAUAAACCAUCUCGGUUCGCUAGCAAAACAAGGAAGUCUAAAGUCGCAAGACUUCCAUUACUUGAGCGACAAGAUGGACAAUGGUUGGCGCUGGCUUUCUAUAACACGGCGAACUACAAUGCAGAAGCUCGUUGCUAAUGCCUUUUUGGAUGCUGCAAACGCUGGGCAAACUCUACCAGCGCGUGCCAUUGACGUCAUGAUCGAUAACUUGCUGAGUACGGAAUACGAAUUGGGUUUAAUUUGUGCUGAAUGUCUACUGAUAGUAGCACGUCGAAAUGAACCGCUUCAACUGAGACAUAUUGAAAAAAUAGAACGAAAGCUCGAUGAAUGUCGGAACGAUCCAAUUGAUUUCUCCAAAGCGAAGAUUAUUGAACUUUAUGCUCUAUGUGUGAAGAAUGGCCAUCAUCUAACAUUGGAUCUCGAGUUGAUCGAAGAUCAUUUAGUUAAAAACGAAAUACCUGACAAAGUUAGCUAUCUAUACUUCAAAGCAGCGGCUGUAGGAAAGCGAAUACUUUCACCAAAACACAUGAAGAUCCUAUGUGACAUCGCAAAAUUAAAAGAUCGUUCUCUGGUGACGCGUCACAAUUGUCUAGGAGCUCUUCAGUAUAGUAUUAAAAACAUGCCAAGAAAAUGUUCACUGAAACCGGAGCUGAUCGAUCGGCUUGGAGAGAUUUUACAAGAUGCAAAUGAAGAUCUUCGAAAGUCAGCUGCUGUGACAUUAUGCUUGAUUGGUAAUGAUGAAAACUCGCGUCUCCCCAAUCUUAUUCUUGAAGGACUUACAGUUAUGUUACAGUGUGAAGAUCAGAAGUUGGUAUGCAAUAUCUUAUCUAUCUAUAUGAAGUUAGUCAAAGCAAAAGAACGUCUAUCUACCAACAUUCUAGAUAAACUCGUCAAUGUUCUUUUCCGACCAGAUAACGAUUUUGUCUUGCGCCAACAGACGAUUUGGAUACUGAAAUAUGCUAUUGAUAACCAUCAGGAUUUACCUUCUCCAGUACUGAAUGCAAUCGAACUCUGUCUCGAUGACUCUGAGUCUCAUAUUCGUAAUACUGCCGGACUUGCCUUCAUCCAAUACUGGCACAAAAAAGUGAAAAAAAGUUCGAAUAAUGAUAUCAAAGUCGAUAAUUUACUGAUAUUCUUUCGUAAUCAGUUCGGAUUACAGGUGCAAAUUCUCGCAUUGCAGUUUCUUCAAUAUCUAAUGAAAAACCGGUACGAAUUAUCUGAUGCAUUGUUGGAAGUCAUUGAAUAUUGCCUGGGCGAUAAGGAAUCUUCAAUUGUCACACAUGCACUUACUAUAUUGGACUUGUACAUGAAAAGAAAACCAUUGUUGGAACGAACAGUUUUAUGUCUAGAACAUUUACUGACAACAGAAACCGAAGCGAUUCCUCAAGUAGUCAAACUUUUGAAGAUCGUAGUUGUUUGCCAAGGUUAUAUUUUAUCGGAACGAACAAUUGCUCAUCUGGGUUGUUUGCUCUUUGGAAAAGGUCAUCUUAGUAAUAUUGCUAUUUUACUUCAACUUGCCGAUCGCAAUCAACCGCUUCCAAGUGAUAUCAUUGAUCUUCUUCGACAGCACUAUUGUGCCGAUGUUCUUCGCUAUUCGAAUGUUUCGAUAAGCAAGGGGAAAGCUGCGAAUGAGCUGUUAACUAUGACGUCCAAUGGACAACACGUGACGGGAUCGGUUGUAGAAACACUUUUCAAUCUAUUAAAGUCGUCACAAUUGAGAUCAUCCCUAUUAACGAUCUUUGUUAACAUCAUAGACAAUGGACAGCGAUUUGAGCAUCAUCGGAUAGACUUUUUCUACAGAAUUCUUCUGAGCUCCGAAGAAGAAUCAUUGAUUAAUUUGAUGAAAAUCUUCGCCCAACUCAGCCGUCAGAACUAUCUGAUCUCCGAAAAAAUCGUUCGCUAUUUGGCCAAAUUCUUGGACAAACCACAGGUCAGCGUUUAUGUCGUUGAAAUCUACCAGCAUCUUAUUGAACAUCACAAGUUAGUUGACCGGCACAUUGCCCAAAAAAUCCUUCGAUUCUCUAACUCAAAUGUAUUGCUUGCUGCUGAGCAGAAUCUACAACACCGGUUGAUCAUCUGUUCAAAAACGAUUGCCCACCGAUGGCCAGAAGAGAUCAACCAAGCAGAUCUUCCAUCACUUCUCGAUUUAUACUCGUCGUCACCUACGAUAAGUCAAGAUAUUUAUUCUAUUAUUGAAGCUCUACUUAGAAAUGGUCUGAUAUUGAUACCGGAUGUCGUUGAGAAACUUAAACAUCUAUUAAAUAAUUGCGAUAAUGUUGAUAUUCUGUCAACAGUAGCGAAAAUCCUCGCAUGUGCUCAGUCAAACAAACAAGUAGUUCAUAUUGAAGAGGAUGAAAGUUUUGUUCAAGAUUUAAACAAAUUCUCGCAUGCAUUAUACACGGAUGAUGUCAAUUUAAAAAUAGAAGCGGCAAAUACCAUUUCACAACGACGACUUCUUCCCACUCAAAUACUCAGUGCUAUUUUUACUACUUUACGCGAUGAAGCAAUUAAUGCGAUUACAAUUCCCCUACUAUUUCAAGCAUCGGUAACCCUACCAUCAUCUGUCAUUGAUGACCUCUUGUACGUAAUGAUUAGUUCGAAGCAUUCUAUCGUACGAGAAACUACAAGAAAACUGCUCCGAGGCUAUGUCGAACAUGCUAAAGUACAACUAUUCUUUGCAUACGAACAGGAUUGGAAUCAAAAGAAAAGUGUUGCAACGAUGCUGCAGUCAUCGAAUCAAGCCGACGUGUCCCGUGCUCUGCAGAUUUUCCAAGGAAUGCUGGCUCUUGAUCAACGAAUUCCACGCGAAGUUUUCCUAGCCAGUGCUUGGUUAUUGAGUAUUCAUAAAGAUUUAACGUCGGAAAUACUGAUUCAAGCAUUGAAACGUGACAUCGAAAUGGACGGGGAUGUCUAUGAAGCAAUACAAGAUGUUUUUCUAGUUUAUCAGUCGAAACAGAUGUUUAUACUGAUUCAAAUCUUGACACAGAAGAAAAUCGUCUUACAGCUGGAGACGUUAGAAAUUCUUAGAUAUCAAAUUAUGAUCAGCGAAAGUGUUUCAGCUCUCGAAGGCGCUGCUCGAAAUCAGCUGUUACCAAAAGAAAUCCUUUCAUGUCUCAUAUCUCAGCUUUCCAAAGAGUCAUCUCUAAGAAUCCUUUCUGUUCUUCGAUAUCAGAUGUUGCAGGGAGCUGUCGACGAUCUUCUGGAAUACAUAACGAAACUUCGACUUCCUGCAAUAGUUGACGAUGAAAAAUUAUCCCAACUGCAAGCAUUCGAUCAAUAUCUUGGUACACUGCAUACUCUACUCUUCAUUAAUUAUUUUGAUUCGACCGUAUUCGAUUUACCACCAGAACAGUGGUCACGAGAAUGUUUGUGCGUUGAGCUCUUGACUGGAUGUGCAAACAAUGAACCUGCUGAAAUCGUUGGUUUUUAUCAUCAUUUAACUCUACUUGAACAAUAUAAAGCAUACGAUUUGUACGAUGAUGAACGUGAUCUUAUCCUCCAGGAACUCAUUCGAAAACAACGAACAUAUUCCUUAAGUCUUUCACAUAUUAAUCAGAUCCUAAUCUGUUUACAAACGUUAACCGAUCAUUCACUUGACAUUCUCCGAUCAGAUGCCACAAAUUGGUUUAUCAAUCUUCGCCGAUUUUUCAUUCUAGACAAACUUGACGAAUGUCUCUGUAAUGCUAUCUAUUCGGGAGUCGCCAUCAACCACCUUGCCGAUCGAAUUGCUAAGCAAGACGUGAUUUCAGCAGACGUGAUCGAAAUUUUCCUGAGAAGUGUUCGGCAACCUGAACAUAUCAUCACAUAUCUUGACAUAAUUGAAAAACAUCAGAUUACCAACACCGAGCUCAUUCAACUCUUUUCUAAUGUAUCGAAUACUAAAGAUUUCAUAUCUUUAGUGCAUGAAAUCGAAUUGACCGUUGUCAAUCGUCUUCUCAUACGUCAAUGGCACGGUCCUCAAGCACAAUUGAUAUCCGCUCGUGGUUAUUUGCAUCGAUUACUCGAACUAGGAUGGAUGCUAGACAAACUGAUCGGAAUGCUCAGCUAUGUCCGAACUGACGCUGACUCAUGUCAGAGUCUUGCUCACUUCGUCGAUAGUUUGAAGACAAUAUGCCAAUAUAAAAUGAAGGACAAUAUCGUCGGUAAAUUAAACCAAAUAUAUUCAAAAGAAGAAGCCCAGUUGUGGCCAUUGUCAGUACAUAUUUGUGUGAUUGAGUACCGAUUUGGUUUGACAAAUCCAGAAAAGCCAAUCUCCACAUUAUUGGAGGAAAUUCAAAUUUUGAAUAGGAUACCAUUUCGAACCUCAUUCAUCGAGAUACUAAACAGGAUGAAUCAGGCAUUGAAGUCAAGUUCAUUGAUAUCUAAACAAAAAAUUCCGAUAAAAGAUUGGAAUGUAUCACACAUCAAAUCAUGGGCGUCGUCAAUAAGCCAGCAGCAGAAUAAAGACAAUGCGAAACGGGACUAUCUACCAGAAAUUCUCGCAGUUCUCCAUCGAGCGAUCUAUCUUCACUCGACUUUUGAAGUGCGUGAUGUUCAAAUUUUAGCUAUUCUAAUUAUCCUCGAUCGGAAUCAUGAUAGCGGGCGAUUGUUACAGGUGUUGACUGGUGAAGGCAAGUCAACAAUUGUUUCCAUAUUGACUGUGAUUCAAGCUAUACAAGGCAAACGCGUUGAUAUCGUCACCAGUUCAAUAACAUUAGCGAAACGUGAUGUAAAUCAGUGGAAAUCGUUUUAUGACAUGUUCAAUUUGACUGCUGCGCAUAACAACGAUGAGACAAAUUAUGUCGAAGGAUUCAAAUGUUGCUAUAAGGAGAAUAUUGUCUAUGGUACAGCUAGUCAAUUCCAAUUUGAUAUUUUACGCGACGAAUUCAGUUUAUUGAAAACGCGUGCUGAUCGACCCUUUGAUUUGGUUAUUAUCGAUGAAGUCGAUAGUAUGCUAAUCGAUGAAACAAAUGCCACUGCUCGUCUUGCUGAACACCUGCCAGGAAUGGAAUGGUUAAAUCCUCUUUUAUAUACAAUUUGGCAAAUAAUCAAUAAAUGUUCCGAUCCGAUCUCAAAUAGAGAUCAGAUUCUGAAAACGGCUCGACAUUUUAUUUAUAACUCCCAAACACAAUUGAAGUAUCCUACUCAUUUGAGUGAUUUCGUAUCUAGUUCGCUGCCAUUAUGGGUUGAUCAUGGCAUUCAGGCCAAAGUUGAGUAUCGCCUUGAUUACCAGUACAUCAUAAAGAAAGACGAAAUGGGAACAUUACGUAUUAUGCCGAUCGAUUAUUCAAACACUGGUGUCAUUCAAUGUCAUACCACAUGGAGUGAUGGUUUACAUCAAUUUCUUCAAAUCAAACACGGAUUAAAGAUGACGCCUCUUACUGUCACAACGAAUUACAUGUCAAAUUACGAUCUGUUCACUCGAUAUAAAAACGAAAUUUAUGGAUUUAGUGGCACACUCGGUUCUCCAGAUGCUCAGACGCUUCUAAGCAAGAUUUAUCAAGUUGAUAACAUUGUCAUACCACCUUGCAAACCAAAACGACAUUAUCAACUGGAGGCUGUUUUACCGUCAACAGAUGAGGAUUGGUUGAAUACUAUCGUUCAGAAUACGAUUGAUCAUGUCAAUAAACGUCGUGCGGUGUUAGUCAUUUGUGAAACACGGAUCGAUGCAAAGACAAUCUUCAAAGAACUGCAACGACAGCAGCCGACAAGUUCGAUUCGGUUAUAUACAGACAAUACGGAUCGUAUCGAAUCCAAUGUUGUUUCAAAUCGCGUUGAUUGUGGAGAUAUUAUCGUUGCAACUAAUUUAGCAGGACGUGGAACUGAUUUGAAAACUACGUACGAUGUUGAAAAACAUGGUGGUCUUCAUAUUUCUUUGACAUUUCUACCGAAAAACGUACGCGUAGAAGAGCAAGCACUUGGUCGAACAUCUCGACAAGGUAAUUUCGGCACAUCGCAGCUAAUUCUUAAUCGGCAACGAACCUUCCUGCAGCUUAUGUCCUGGUAUCCUGAUUACUGGAAUGCUCAUCGUCAUGAAUUCAGUGAUUUGACUGACAUAGGCAUCGAAACGAUAUACGACUGGAGAACACAAAGUGAAUCUGAACAAUUGGAUCAGAUUUGGAAGCGAGAUAUUUGUGAACUAAAAGAAAAAUCUCGACUUUUCCGAGCGUUUUGCGUAUAUCUCACUGAGUUGAAGGAGACAAAAGAGUAUACCUGUUGUCUAUCAAGUGUAAAAGAACAAUGGGGCUUAUGGCUUAAAUCGGUGGAUCAACGUGAGCAAGCAAGACGAAUGCUGGAAAGAACAAUCAAAGAGGCUGGAUUUUACUGUAUCGAUCAGUCUCUUGGCUACCAGAGUCUCUUUGAUGUAAUUUGUUAUCAAUUGCGAGAUCAAAUGAGCGCGGAUACGAUCAAAAAGAAAAUUACCGAACAUAUAUCAAAUAAUAACAACAUUUAUAAAGGCAACGAAGAAACACAACGAUAUUGGGCUAUCACUCGUGCAUUAAAUACCAGCAUUCUUAUGUUUCGCAGUGACUUUGUUAAUCCAUUUCUUUAUAAAGCUGAAAACACUACAUCGACAUGUUAUAUCGGUUAUGUUGUCUCUCAGGUUUAUCUCGUUCUUGAACCACUCUCGCCUCAUACUUAUUACAACUUUGACGAAUUCGAACAAACACCACCACCCGACAGUGAUACAAUGCAAUCUGACCUAUCAUGUGAAGAGCUUGCAAGCGUGAUAAAACUAAAGGACUCUAUAUGGGCAAAAGUAGACAAACAAAAUCUAAAUGACAGCUUUGAAGAGUUCAAAAAACAAACUCGUAAAGAACAUGAAGCUAACCAAGCUAUUCGAAAUCCUUAUUACUUGAUUUUCGAGGCAGAUCAUUUAAUUACGAAAUACUGUUCGCUUAUCCAUCGAAUAAAAACGAUACCCAACUUUGUUCCAUUCAUCAAUUGUCGCGAUCAUAUCAUAGUUCAAGCUGUAAAUCUUUUGAAAAGAGCUGUUGAACUCGACUCUGCCUUUGCAUUCACUGCCUUGAUCAAUCUUGCCUACUUCACGAUAGUUCAGCAUAAACCGUCAGAGACGUACAAAUUGACAGCAAAGUCUUUUUUAAUGGAAGCACAAAAACAAAUCGAACAGCAUAUAGUUCCAUCACUCGUUUUCAUGAAGGCUUUACCAUGUAAUGAAAACGAUGAUAUUAUGCAUGAAGAUUUCUCCAGACAAAUGGAAGCGAAACUCAUGGUCAUCAGCUCGUAUAGCACGUCUAUUGAACAAGCGAUAUCAAAUAUUGAGAAUUCACAGAAAUUAAUAGAUUUUUCUUCGAAAUGCAACCAAACAAUAAAAACUGCUGAAAAAUUAUAUCGUAAAAAACCCACAGAGUUCAUUUGUGAAAAUUGUAGGGAAAUUAAACUUACUUUUCACAGUCUGACCGUGGUGGAAGACGUUAUCAAAACCGAUCAAGCAUUAGAAUUACUCAAGCUGAUACCCUCAGACUAUUCGCACGUAUCAAUUGAAUAUUCUGAUAUGGAUAAGACCAAGUUGGAAGCAUUGAGUUCAAAUAUACCAUCGUGUCGUGAGUAUCAGAAUAACCUACUUGAUCCAAAUUUGGAAUCGAAACAAAUGACAUUGAUUACAUCGAUCAAUAUUGAAAGCAAUGCUCAGCUAUCGGACUCCUCAAUAGUGUCUACUCGAUCAUAUGUUGAUACUACGGUGGAAAUGGUGGAACGUCUUCCUGACGACCAGUCAUCCUCCUGCUAUUUUGAGAACUUAUCACCAGAGAAAGCUCGCCAUUUACUUCAGAAAAAUACCGAUCGAAACUUUGUUCUGCACUUUCAUCAGUUGACACAUACACAAGCUUUGAAAAUUCUUGAUAAAUUUGAUCGAAAUGAGCAAAAUAUCAAUGCAAGUUUUAAAUCUGUGACUGAGUAUCAUUUUCAAAACAAUCGUUUGACUGAAGAAGAACUCCAUGAAUAUGCAGGAAUGGGUAUCAGUCGUUUUCUUCUCGUCGAAGAGCUUCAACCACGUCCGAUCAUUGCUUCUGCAAUCGUCGUAACUUUUGGUGGUAUUCAAGUUGUUUCUGGCGCGUGUCUAAUUGCUCUAACGAAUGGAAUAGGUGUAACCUUAGGUACAUCACUGAUUGGCGAGGGUAUAAGUGAUAUUUUCUUUGGUAUACAAAGUGUUUGGUCCCGGCAUUUAUCUUUGAAACAAUACAGCAUUCAAAAAGGCUUAAGUCUUCUCUUGAGUUUUUCUUCACUUGGAUUCUCAACUGUUAAUCAAGCGGUAUCCAUUGCUCGAACUAAUGCAGAUUUUGGUUCACAUUUCUUUGGACAAACAAUGAAAGAAACUGUGAACAUUUUCAAAAGUAGUUUCACAGCCAUUGGUACUACCGCUGCUCCCGCAGCGACAGGACUUUCGUUGACACUGGGACGUAAACAACUGAUGACUUUGGGAAAACUAGUGGUCAAGCGACCUAUAGCUAAUCUUCUAUCAAAAGCUUCAGAUUCACUAAAGCCUUUCAUCCAAGCAAAAAUGAUCGAACUCGUCAAUGAACAGCUAGACAACAUCGCAUUUGUUAGUACCUUAAAUAAAGCUCUGAUUGCCGAUAUGUACUAUGAGACGGAUCGAUAUCAAAAGGAAAUCGAAAAUAUCAUUAAUGACCUUCUAAAAAAGCAAGCAAACAUUUGCGCAAAAAAACGAGUACUUGUAAAUGCUCUCCGCAAAAUUGCGCCUAAAUUGGUUAGUGCAGCCGUCAAACUAUCAGGAAUAUUAAGUCAGACGCACAAUGUCUCCGAUGAAAUCUUACUACGUGCAAUUGGAGUAUACAGUUCCGCUCUAUGCGAGUUCGGGAAAGCCUAUCAAUUUAAUGUAGAGAUGCAAAACCUAUUUGCGACAUUCUUUGAGCAAUGCACCACGCUGAAAAUACCGACCUUCAAGGAACUUCUUCACCAUCGUUCGGGGUGCUUAAUUUCUGAAAGCACAGCCACUGAAAUUUAUGAAGAACUAUUGAAACACAAAUUUGUUCAUUCUGAUUACGGCACGGAUGCUCUGUAUGAUCGACAGAACUCGGACAGUGAUUUUAGUGGACAAACUAGCAGCUGUGCUCGUUCAAUGUUUCAAACUUUUGCAAACCAUUGGACAGAAUUCUUCAAGAAAUUCGAACACAUCGAUGAGGAUCAAAAGCAGCACGUGCUGCACGUCGUUCGAAUCUUUAGCAAAGCGAAUCACAGUCUCUUGAAGAAAAAAUUUCGUCAGAAAGUCGUCGAUUUAUUCGUUGAACACAUUGUUACGGAUUUAUACGAUGAAAUUAUUCAACCACUGAUCAAACAGAUUGUCAAGCGAGCAACUGAUUUUCUAGCAGACCAGCUCGACGAUGAAUGUGAUACAAAGGAUAAAUCAAUAAAAUAUCGAAAAACUCCCAAGAACAAAACAAAUCACCGAGAUUCAUUCCAUAAUGACUUGAUUGAGAAAUUUCAUGACUUGAUUGGAAAUGACAAUUUAGUCAAUCUUCUCGGUAUCCUUGCUGCUCUGAAAAAUCAACCGAUUUCGAUUGUGCAAAAACAGAUCGAAAAUGGUUCAAUUCAAAAUAUAGAAUCCAAAUGCGAAGCAUUUGUUCUGACGAAUCCGCGAUAUAUGGAAGGUAUUAUAUCGAUUAUUUAUUAUAAUUAUGCGUGCCGAAAGGUAACUGCACGAGAAAAUUUAUCAUCGACGGAUCAUUUCUAUUUUCCAUAUGAAAAAUACGACGCAUUCCAACGGAAUAUGAAAGACCUUGUCCAACAAAAUACACACCAAUCGAUAAUCCUGAGUCACUGGUUAACAUCAAAUUCUCUUCAUUUUGAUAUCGAAACGACAACGUUUAUUCUUUUGUAUCCACAAAUGAAAUUUUUAGAACGAACCGGUUUCAAAUUAAAUUCGAUCCGUUUAUGCAAAAGGGUGCCUAGUGAUGCUGAUCAGGAAGUUGUGUGCUUCGUCUAUUGUUCGUAUGAAGGUGUCGAUCGAACGGAACGCUUAGAAGAAUAUGCCAACAAUAUGCUGUCUAUAUUGAAUCCAAAUGACAACAUUCGAGAAGACAUAGUCGCUGACUCGCCGAUCGUGAUUGUAAACAUGUGUCUGGAUAAAUAUUUUCAUUAUAUGUUGAUGAAGAAAGAAAUAAUCAUAACCGAUGCUUAUGAUGAAAUCGAAACACUAUUAUUUGCAUCAACCUCAAAGAAUAUUCACCUACAAACUAUUCCAGCUACUGCAACAUCAUCAAUCUUAGGAAAUAUUUUGUUUAAGAUGUGUCAGCUUCUCAACAGCGACACUUGA